CAGACUAACAGGAACAGCAGAGAGGCGAAACACAGAGCAGCAACCAGUGUGGGGAUACAUGACUAACUGAAAAAAUAGCAGGGAGAAGCAAUGUCUCUCAGAGCAGAGGAGGAUCUCUGCUGCUCCAUCUGUCAGGAUGUCUUCAAUGAUCCUGUUGUCUUGUUCUGCAGCCACAGCUUCUGCAGAUCCUGCCUGAAUAACUGGUGGGAUGGGAAAGUCAUACUGGAGUGUCCUCUAUGUAAGAAGAGAUCGGCCACAAGGGAUCCUCCAUGCAACCUGGCUUUAAAAAAGCUAUGCGAGAACAUCCUUUCGAAGGGAAGGAAGAAAGCUGCACCAAAGCCAGAGGUUAUCUGCCGUCUCCACGGUGAGAAAUUCAAACUCUUCUGCGUGGAGCACAAGGAGCCUUUGUGUCUCGUUUGUCAGCAUUCAGAUGAACAUGCUGGACACAGAUUCAAACCCAUCAAUGAAGUCGCCGAGGGGCAGAAGACAGAGCUCAGAAAGGCCCUGGGGCCCCUACAGCAGAAGCUGAAGGUCUUCAGAGAGGAGAAAGGAAACCUGAAUGAGACGGUGAAGCACGUUAAGCUCCAGGCUGAACAGACGGAGGGACGGAUCAGGGAGCAGUUCAGGAAGCUACGUCUGUUUCUCCAGAGGGAAGAAGACACCAGGAUUGCUGCUCUGAGGACAGAAGAAAGCAAGAAGAUCCAGAAGUUAAACCUAAAGAUUGAUGCCCUCAAUAAAGAGAUUGCUGCUCUUUCCAGGAGCAUCAAUGAAACAGAAGGAAUGCUGAAAGCUGAGGAUGCUUUGCUGCUGCUGAAAUUCAAGACUGCUGUGCAAACUCUCCGACAGCGCCCCCUGCUGGACGACCCGCAGCCCGUCUCAGGGGCCCUGAUAGAUGUGGCCAAACACCUGGGAAACCUCCCCUUCAACAUCUGGAACAAGAUGAAACAUCUGGUGUCCUACACUCCUGUGGUUCUGGACCCGAACACGGCCAACUUUGAGCUCAUCCUGUCCGAGGAUCUGACCAGGCUGAGAUGCGGACAGAAACAGAACCUCCCAGACAACCCAGAGAGGUUCGACUUCUUCCGCAUCGUCCUGGGCUCUGAGGGCUUCAUGUCAGGAAUCUACAGCUGGGACGUUGAUGUUGGAGAAAACACAGACUGGUUUGUGGGCGUCGCUUCACAGGGAGUCCAGAGGAAAGGAAUUCAUCCCACCCGUCUGUGGAGAAUAGGGUGCUUGAAGGGUAAAUACACAGCUAGGGCCCUUUCAGAACCUUCCACGGUUCUGGCGGUGAACGGAAGCCUCAGCAGGAUC